UUUUUUUUUAACAUAAUAAACAAAUACGCCAUUUUUAAUAUACAUUUUUAUAUACGUAUUUUUUUUAUUCUUUAAUUUGUAACAUAUAUCCUCGAAUGGAAGUCAGCAUUUUCUCACCAGGUUUAGUUAAAGGGUUAACAGAUAAAAUAUAUGACAGAAGGAAAGCGGCUGCUUUAGAAAUUGAAAGACUUGUACGAGAAAAUGAAGAUUCUAAAGAAAGAAUUACACAAAUUGUAGAUGCACUUGUUCAAGAAUUUGUUUAUUCUAAUAAUCCAUAUGCUCGUUAUGGUGGUUUAAUAGGCUUAGCAGCAACCUCAAUUGCAUUAGGAUCUGGGGUAUCUGAAUAUUUGAACAUGAUCGUCCCACCCAUUUUAUCAUGCUUUAGCAAUCAAGACCAGAAAGUAAGAUACUAUGCCUGUGAAAGUAUGUACAAUAUUGCCAAAGUAGCUAAAGGUGAAGUUUUAAGAUAUUUCAAUAGUAUUUUUGAUGCCUUAUGCAAGUUGUCUGCUGAUUCUGAAAUUAGUGUAAAGAAUGGAGCAGAGCUACUUGAUCGACUUAUAAAAGAUAUUGUUUCAGAACUAUCAACAACUUACGUCUCACCUUAUAAUGAACCUUUGAAUACAGUAGAAGCUGGUGGUGAAGAACUGGAUACGCCUUCUUCAUUACCACGUAACACUGCCUUUUCAUUACCUCGCUUUAUUCCCCUUCUUAGUCAACGUAUCUAUGUACGUAAUUCAAAUGCUCGUCAAUUCUUGGUAUCUUGGAUGUGUGUCUUGGAUUCGAUUCCUGAUCUUGAAUUAAUAUCCUUUUUACCAGAGUUCUUGGAUGGAUUAAUUCGUUGUCUGAACGAUGUGAGCGAAGAUGUCAGGGUUGCAACAAGCGGAUUACUACAGGAGUUUUUAAAUGAAAUUAAGGAAGCAGCAGCAGCUCGCGAAUUACAACUUCAACAGCAAGAAGAAAGGAAACGAAAAAUGAAACAGGAAGAAGGGAGAGUCAAGGUAAAAGAAAUGAAGGAAGAAGGGAAUGAUAAAGAUGGAGAAGAAAAGGAAAGAAAGGAGCGAAAGGAAGAAGGAGAUGAAGAGUUCAAGACAGAACGACAAGAUGAAAAAGAAGAAGAUGCUCUAAUUGAUUCAGAGAAUGAUGGUCAUGGGAAGGGAACAUAUGUGCCUGGCCAGGGUGUGAUUGUUCAAUAUGGCAAGAUUGUAGAAAUAUUAGUGCCUCAUUUAUCAUCAUCUGAAGAAGAUAUUCAAAGAACAGCUUUAUUAUGGAUUAAUGAGUUUAUAGAAAUUACUAAAGAUGUUAUCAUUCAAUACACUCCUGAGAUUAUUAAAGCUGUCUUACCUUCACUUGCACACACUGUCACUGGUAUUCGCAAUAUUGCAUUAGAAACAAAUCAGAAUUUGCAAAAAUUAGUAUUAGAGACACCUAUUCAUGUCCCUGAGCCUAUAACGAGUAAAAGUGAUCCAUCAGGAGGUACCCAAAUUUUACAACAACAACAACAACAACAACAACAAAAGAAGAAAUCAUUGAUGUUUAGUCGGGUUGAUAAUGACCGUGAUCCAUUUGAUUAUCAAACUACUGUGGCUAAUUUACGUCUUCAAUUUUUGAAUCAACAUGAAGAAACUCGCAUAGCCAGUCUGGAUUGGCUCUUAAUGUUACAUAAAAAAGCGCCUAACAAAAUUUUAGCGUCUGAUGAUGGAACAUUCCCUGCACUUUUAAAAACAUUGUCAGAUUCAUCAGAAGAAGUAGUGCGUAAGGAUUUACAGUUACUAGCACAGAUAUCCUUCUAUUCAGAUCAUAGUUACUUUCGUAGUUUUAUCAUGUCUCUUCUAUCGUUGUUUAGCACAGACCGUCGUCUGUUGGAGACCCGAGGUAGUUUGAUUAUUCGUCAACUGUGUAUGAGCCUUGAUCCAGAGCGUAUCUAUUGUACAAUCGCUGAUAUCUUGGAGCAAGAUGAGGAUCUCGAAUUUGCAAGUACUAUGGUUCAAAAUUUAAAUAUUAUUUUGAUUACUGCUUCUGAAUUAACUGACUUACGCAAGAGGCUUCGAAAUUUGGAUUCAAGAGAGAAUCAACGUUUGUUUAAUACUCUAUAUCGAUCCUGGUGUCAUAAUGCUGUUUCCACCUUUUCUUUAUGUCUAUUGUCUCAAGUUUAUGAACAUGCUGCUAAUAUGCUUCAAAUCUUUGCCGAAUUAGACAUUACUGUCAAUAUGCUUAUACAGAUUGAUAAGCUUGUACAAUUACUAGAAUCACCAGUAUUUACAUAUCUUCGCCUUCAAUUACUGGAGCCCGAAAAAUACCCAUAUUUAUUUAAAUGCUUGUAUGGAAUAUUGAUGUUACUUCCUCAGUCCUCUGCUUUUUCAACCUUACGAAAUCGAUUGAAUAGUGUUUCAUCACUUGGAUUUCUUCAUGUUUUACCUAAAAGCCCCGUCACUUCUACCAUAUCCACUGAUAAAAAGCAACUUAAAACAACUACAUUUAAUAGUAAAAAUACAGAAGAAAUCAAUACGAUUAAAUAUCAAGACCUUUUAACACAUUUUAAAAAUGUUCAGUCGAGGCAUGAAACACAAAGAAGAGAAUUUUUACAAACUGCAUCACGUACAGCAACAACACAGACACCAAGUCCUAAUACAGGAGCUCAAGCCCGUUCAAGAAGAUCUAGGAUUAUUUACAAUGAUGGUAAUAAUUAUGCAUUAUCUAGUAAUAAUCAACAACCUUCCUCAUUGACAGUUCAUCAUAAUAAAGGAGCAGGACUCGCAUUAAGUAAUACAUCUUCAGGACAUCAUUUAUCAGUAGGAACAGGAGGGAUUCGAAAUGGUAUAGCCAAUCUUAGUUUUAUGACCUCAACUGCUGGAUCCAACCAUGAUACAUCUAUGACACACACUAACAAUGAACAUUUAAACACUACAAACCCAACUAAUAAUAACAACAACACUAAUAAUACGCGUAUGAUAGGAACAACAAGAAGAAAUAGAAGAGUAUGAACGCACAUAAUAUAUAUGUCUAUAAAUAUAAAUAGUUAUGUGUAUAUUGAAGUAAUAUUACAACUCCCUUUAUUUAAGCACUUUUUAAAUACAUUUUUUAGAUUUCAUUUUUUUUUUUAAAAAAAAAAUUUAAUUAAGCCAUAAUUUUU